AUAGCCGGCAAAGUAAUUUUGAUUGAAUUCUGGUGCGCUAAAUCAACAAUAACAGUAUUUUAUUCUUAUAAGUUGUAUUUGGAGUAGAGAACGUUAUCAGGAGGGGGUUUCCCUUGUAUUUUUGUCAUUUUUUCGUUGUCUCUGCAUAUGUAUUCAAAGGCGUGUCGGAAUACUGCCGGAAUGUGUACCUGGCCAUAUAAGUUUUCUAGUGUACACACGUAAAUUUUUGGCCACUUUACUUGGGUGCCAUUGAGUGUUACUUGUGAAACAACAACACAAACGUGAUAUUCUGCAGUACAUUGUGUCUAGUUGAUCCGAUAGCAGGGAAAGUGUUGGCCAAAAUGUUACAUUUCAAUUACAGAUCAGCUAUUUAUAUGCCUAUAUUGUUGUUGGUCUGAGACAGGGGUGGGAGCAUAAAAGAAGUUACAAGGGGUGAGUGACACAAAAGUUGUGUGUUAGGGGUUGGUUAUGAGCGCGGUAUUCGGUGUGUUUUGUGGCAUCGCGGAUAACAAGAUUCGGUGAGAGAGCAAACACUUUAAUUUUGCUUUUGGUAGCUAUUUGCGCUUAAAAUUUGUCUACAAUCCGAAGAAUCUAGUAAGGGAAGGCACUGCAAAUAUUUUUAAGCAACCGCAAGGAAAAAAGAGUUGACUUGCUGAUUUGAAAAUGUGGUUAAACGAGGAAAUCCUGUAGUUUAUUGACAUGUCUGCAGCACACAUCAACUCGGAAUUCAGUGGGUUCAAUAGAGUGAGUUCUAGUUCAGCAUCCAGCUCCAUCUCAUCAUUCAACUUCUCAUCGGCUUCCGUGUCAUCGAGCUCCUCCUCAUUGCGCGAAAGUGGUGUUGUACCGGGCGAGAGUGUCAGCGGCUGCUCGCUGUCCGCGAACUUUGUUACGCUUCAAAAAAAGGACAAGAGUGCUAUUGCUGCCAUUGCGAUGUCGACCCAAGUCACUCCGAAGAUCUUGAGCAACAUUAAUUCGAAGGAGUCAAUCCACAAAUCGAACCCCGUGCAUCACCACGAAAUGGUUGAGGAACCCAAAGUCAAUGCUGCGUCUCUCCCACUGUCCGACGAUCCGCGAACACUGCAACUGGCGUUGGAACUGUCCCUGGUCGGAUUCAAUGACAAUCAAACUUGCUUUGCACAGCCUGCUCAAGCCCUAUCAUUACCCCUAACCGCACAAAACGACUUCGAGAUGGGCACCAUUAAUGGAGUGCCCGCGUUCUCCAAAACCGAUAGCACCCUGCCGCCACCGUCGGCAUCCAGUUGCCUCUUGUUACCCGUUGCCGGCACCGCCAGCCUAGAAGAUCGAUCGAAGAAGUCGCAAAACAUGACCGAAUGUGUUCCAGUACCCAGUUCCGAACAUGUUGCCGAGAUAGUCGGUAGACAGGGUUGCAAAAUCAAAGCAUUGAGAGCUAAAACCAACACUUACAUUAAGACACCAGUUCGAGGAGAGGAGCCGGUGUUCGUAGUGACUGGUCGGAAGGAAGAUGUGAACAAGGCCAAGCGGGAAAUACUUUCCGCUGCUGACCACUUCAGCCUAAUACGAGCAUCGCGCAAGCCGAUAAGCGACGGCCACAGUACCGGCAUAGUAGGCAUUGCGAGUUGUUCCGGAGCAGGUGCGGUUCCACGCAUGCAGUCUGGUCCCCCAUGCAUGCCAGGACAGGUAACCAUACAGGUACGUGUGCCCUAUCGGGUGGUGGGACUCGUUGUGGGGCCCAAAGGCGCUACGAUUAAGCACAUUCAACAAGAGACUCAAACUUACAUCGUGACACCGUCGCGCGAAAAGGAACCAAUUUUUGAAGUGACUGGCUUGCCAGACAACGUGGACACUGCACGAAAGCAGAUAGAAGCUCAUAUUGCCCUCCGAACUGGGGCCGGAUCUGGAAGCGGGGACGCCAGUACCAUGCAAGGUAGUGACUUGAUUGAGGCAAAUGAGUUCGAGGUCCUCCCGACAAUAAAUUCGCUAACCCAAAUACUAAAUGAUGAUUUGAACUCCGAGAUUUUGUCGUCUAUAUACAAAAAUGCGAUGCCGUCUGCACAGGACUAUGCAAAUAAUUCAAUGAAGAUUGUGGGAAAUGGUAGCAACUCAUCAAAGCCCAUGCCAGGCUAUCAUGCUGGCAACUGUUUUCAGAAAACUGAAUUCUCUGACGUGGAAAUGAUGGCAACUUUGACACCAACAAGAAUAACCGACAAGCAUCUUCCUGCAAACGAAGUUUCCGUUCCCUUGGCCAAAGCUAAUGUUGUGUUCCGCAAUACGUCUAACAAAACAUUAACCUUCUGCCCUCCCACAUCCACAUCCGCAUCCGCAUCCGCAUCGAUUCAUUCCAACUCUAAUGCAAAUAUUUUAACAAGAUCUUGUUCGUCUGCUUCCUCGACAACUUCAACAAAGAGCACUAACAACAGCGCCAACACACCUCCAGAAAUAUUGAAUAUAUGGAAGAAUAUAAGCGACUCAAUUGACGUGGAUGAGGGCAUAGGGGACUCGCCCAGUAUCUGGAAUCAGCCUGCAAAUAUCAUACCGACAGCUCACUGCUCCCCCACUAUCUCAAUCAGUCCUACGGACUCGCUCUUAGGCCUUGCCGAACAUUCUGGACAUCAAAAAAACAUGCACCACACAAAAGAACCGACUGUAUGUAACACCCAGCAAAAGCCACAAUCCAUUCAGUUACAGUCUAACCCGGACAAAUUUUUAAUUCACCGCGAGUGUUUCGUUUGUAAUGAAAACAAUGUUACUACUGCUUUGGUCCCAUGUGGACAUAACAUGUUUUGCAUGGAGUGCGCAAACCAAAUCUGCAUUUCCAUGGAGGCAGUUUGCCCGGUUUGCAACUCUAUUGUUUAUCAUGCAAUGCGCAUUCUAGGAUAAUUUUAGUUGUAUUAGUUUUUUAAAUCAUUGAUUAUGUUUAAGAACAUUUAAUUCGUUGGUUUUGUAAUUUAUUGAUGUUUUUUGUUUGUGCCUUCCGUGAAGUGCACUGAAAUGUAGUUUUUUUAUUCCUUGCAAAAUGGUUUGACCUGGAUCAUUAGCAUUUCAAACUACUACUACUCAAACUUUUGAGUACACGCUGCAGCAUUUCGAAAAAUUCGUAUUGUUAUCCUAACACUAUAAUGGACUUUUGAUUAUUUAUACCCGUCCGCAAACAAAACAACGCUACACCAAGCAAAAGAGAACAGAAAAAAAGAACAGCCAAUACCAAAUUCCAAUUUUGAGAAAUGGAAUUGCAUUGUUGCAGUUCAAAAUCAACUUAAAUUAUUUAUGGUUCAAUAGUUCAAAUGCAAAGAUUAUUACGUACGAACUUAUACGUAGGUAAAUUGUAGAUAACAACUUGUUGCUUUUUCAUUUAUAAUUUGUUUUGGUUUAAUUACGAAUAUUUGAUGUAUCGACUUUUGAUUUACAAACGUUUGUGUCAUUAACACAUUUCUAACACUUGAACAGUCGCAGAAGGUAUUAUAAUUUCUGUCAGCAGUUUGCAAGUUUGAAGUUGAUAUUUCCAAUCCUAUAGAGUAUGUAUAUUCCUGAUCAGCAUCGGCAUCUGUCCGUCCGAUUCUACGCAAACUAGUCUCUCAGUUUUAAUGUUUUUUGCAUAAAGCAUUUGCAAAAGAUUGUGUUCAACAAUUAAGCAAAAUAAUGUUUGUAAAUGCGUCAGUCGACAGUCAGUAGAAAAGAUUCAAUUGUAUUAUCAGUUUUGGAUAUUGGAGUUUCCAUUUGAUGACUUAUUUUUAAAGGAAUGAAGUCGAGCGAAUUUUUUUUAUUAAUUUAAUAUGUUUUAUAGAAACCUAAUGAUAGGAACAAAAGAUAUGUAGAGGGUAUUAUAGUGUUUCACCAAAAGCUGGCAACGCAGUGAACGAAACAUUUUUAAUCCUAUAAAUAUAUUCUUGAUCAGCAUCGCUAGGGGAGCCGAUAUCGACGUGACCGUCUGUCCGUUCGUUUUGACUCAAAUUAGUCCCUCAGAUUUAGAGCUAUCUAGAUGAUUUUAAAAUAUUUAACUAUUACUGCACCCCGAAGAAUAUUUAUACAAAAUUUAAAACUGCAAAGUUCUUUUUUUCCGGUUGUUCCCAUGGAAGCUUUAUGCUAAAGUCCUGCAGUAGAAGAAAAGAUUGGACAAACGGAUAUGGAAAGAUCGAUUCUCCUAGUGAUGCUGAUCAAGAUUAUAUAUAUACAUAUAUAUAUAUAAUGUCCGAAAUGACUUCCUAACUGCGUUGUAAACUUUUGCAAGGGUAUAGAAAAUAAAGACGUUCAUAUAGAAGGAACAGGCGAUUACAUAUUUACAAAAAGCGUACUAGCAUUGGUUUUUAAUAACUUUGUUGAGGGUGUUUUAAUGCUGCUCAAAAAACAAAACAAAUAAAAAGUAAAAACAUUCAACAUUUCCUAUUAGGCAUAUAAAUAAAGAACAGUUUCAAAUCAAGUUUAGAAAAGAGGCAACGGAUGGUCAGAUCAGUGCGGUGGAAACUUUUGAGUGAAAUUAUAAUACCCUCUAAAUAAAAAAGCUUAUUCUAAGUUAUCAGUGCAAAACACUCUGUAAUCCAUUUAAAAAGCGAUUUCGGAAUAUGGCAACACACUUCAACUUGUAUUAUUAUUUGUACUAAAAUACGUGUAUCCAAGUAGGAGCAUAGUAUCUAUAAGUAAAAUAAAUUAAAUUAUUCUAAAAUGAUAGUAUCGAAAUGCAUGACACAAGUGAAAUAGACCGGCCAUCCUCUAGAUUUGUUUGGCUUAAGGCUCGAAUAUAGGUUUAUAGAAGAGUUAAUACUAUUAAAAAGCUAUCAUACAAAACAAAUUCAAGACUUAAAUCCAAAGAACUCCUAGAAAUCGCAAUUUGUUUCCUAUUUUUGCAUUUUUGAAGCUUCAUAUUUAGAAGUUUUUAUAAGAUUACGCUAUCUGUUAAAAUUUUGUUUCAGCAUUUUCCUUAACCCAAUAGUGUAUUAUAAAUUUUUAUUAAUAUAAAAUGGCGGAGCAAGAGUAGUAUUGAUUAAAACAUUUGGAUUAUUAUUAUUAUUUAUUUAUUAACUUCUGUUUUACGAAGUUUGUUUUUUCCCUUAUAAACUUUAUUUUAGUUUUGAAGUUAGAAAACUAAAAAUUAAGAACACGCGAUGUCUUGUUACAAUUACUCGAGUUUUGUUUUAAACUUAAAAAAAAAUCCUUUCAAAUAUGUAUUUGAGGUUAUAUUCAUGAAAAAUGGCUUUUAAUUAAGAAGACAAAUACAACUGUACUCACCAUUUUUUUUAAAGGUUACACUUUUUUUUUCGUUGUAAAUAAUAAACGGUGCAAUAUUUCACACGAAGUAACCCUACAGAUAUUCCAGAUAGAUACAAAAUGUUUUAAAUGCAAUUUUUGUAUAAAAUAAUUACACAGGCUUAAAAUCUUAAACCGAUUUAGGGGGAUUUUCUCAAGAGAUCAAACCUUUAUUUUUGCGGGGCACUUGACCCAUGAUUUAUAAAUUGAUACUCAACAUUUUUUUGUAUGCUGCAAUUUUUUUUAAGUGCGAAAGCGGUUUUAACAUGUUUUCAUGCCUAUUUUAUUUUUUAUCUCCAGUUCUGCUUAACCGAUUCCGAUUUUGUUACGACCCUUUUUAUUAGAUAUAAAUUCAAACCCAUUUCAAACAGCCUUUUUUUAUUUACCAACAGGAAACUGUUGUCACCAAUGAUUUUAGAGGCUCUUAUAUUUUAAAAAGUGGGUUUCAUUUUUGGUAGUUUUUUUGCCAGACUUUUUAAUUAAUAUCAAAGUGGUAUUUGAAAACGGGUUUUCACCAAAUUUUAAUAUUAUGCUUACCUUACCUUUUUUUUCUUAAAAUACAGAUUCUAGAAUAAAAAAUUGAUGUAAAUUGGUGGCGUAAGCGACUCAAAAAGAACCGAAAAUAAAGUAUGGAUAUCAGUGAUCUACAUGUUGCAAGUUUGAAGCCAAGAAGAAGAAAAUGUGGUUUCUGUUAUUUUUUUUAAACCACUGUAUGCUUUACAGCAGUGAUGUCACCUCAAAUGCGUGCGUAAGAUAAUAUACUAAAAAUCACCGUUUUCCCAAAUCGCCGAUUUAAAAAUUCGUAUAAAAUCAAUUUACCUGCGCAUUAUUGACCUUAAAAGAUUGUUUAAUUUUAAUUUUCGGUUUUGAGGCGUGUAUUGUUAAAAAAUUUAUUUGUGGUGGCCUAACUGCAAAUUUGGCAACAUUUUGAAACUUCGUCGAGCUCUAUCAUCUAUGUUAGAAAACCAACAAAAAUGUACCACACAAAAUUGUUUAGUGUCAUUUUUUAAAUAAGGGAGCCCAACUGCACCGGAAAAUCUGGAAGACUUUGUCGAUUUAAAUUUGUAAACCGGUAUUAAUUUAUAUGGGGCGAAUCAAAUCAAAUCUUCUCACACAGGGAUUAUUAGUUUAACACUAGUUUAGGGACGGUUCCAUGUCAUCUCCAAGUUAGACCAGUUCUCAGUGAAAUAUUUUUCAGAUUUUUAAAAAAGUAUUUCAAAAGAUUGGCUAUCAUAAAAAAAAUGUAUCUUAAAUGUUUUUAUUUCAAAAAUUGUUUGAGCCGCUUACCCAAAAUAUUUCAUAAAAAUCAGUACCGAUUUCUUUCCAUUUUGCAUAUCUUUCCAAUGGAGGUGUUUAUCACUGGAGAAUAUUUUCGCUAAACUACUAUUAACUAUUUUAAAAUUGAACUCUUAAAUUAUUACCAUAGACUUAUAAUAUGGUGCAUUAUCUGUUUUCGUUCGAAUUCUUUGAAAAUAAAAUUACUAUCCUUUUUAUAUUAAUAUUUAAAGUUAAUAAUUCAGACUUCAGUUAACAGAAUUGUAGUGAUUAGCUUUUGAUUUAGUUUUUUAUUAUAUUCUAGAAAAAUUUUCUAAAGGCACAUAAUGUAUGUAGAUCCCAAGGGAAAACUAGCAAUAGAAAUUUCUCAUUAAAUAAAUGACAUUUACAACAAACGUAAUAUAAAAGUAUAUUGGAUCGUAUAAGUAAAUGUUAUGACACUAAUUCUCUGAAAAAUAAAAAUUGACUGAUAAAUUAGCAUUAAUAUUAAGAUCGGCACAUAACAUACAUUAUAUCAAUAGAUAAAGUCAAAUACAAAUCGUUGUUUAUAUUUAAAAAUACGAUGUAUGACCCACAUGUGACAACUACCUUAAUAAAGCUUACGAUUAAUGUGAAUAAAAAGACUUAUACAUUUAUAGUCAAUCAUAUUUAAUAUUUAUAAUACAAGGUAAAUUGUGCGAAUGUUAAAAAAACCAAAAUAUUGUAGUUCUGUUUAAAUUUUGAUGUUUUAUAUUAAAAUUAUUUUAGACCUGUGUUAUUAAAACUGUGUCCCAAGAGUAUAUUGAACAAUCUAGUCCGAUUAAUUAUAAUAGAGGCUUAUAUAUUUUUAAAUGUAUAUAAUUUUAAAUUAAAAUCUGCAAGGUCAAAAAUUCAAACGAGUGAGACUAAAUAAAGGUUUAUUGAUCGCGCAAAAUGAACAUUUUACAUUAUUUUAUAAACUAUUACUAGAGUAAAUUAAUUUCAUACAAGAAUUAUAAAAAAAAUGAGCAUUUAUACAUAUACUAUAUUAAUAUAUGAAAAUGUAUAUUACAUAUAUAUUACUAUAUAUAAAUAAAUAAAUAUAUAUGUAUAUAUUACAUUAUUUAUAUAUAUAUAUAUAUUUAUAGAUUUAUGUUAUAUAUAUAUUACUUAGCCCUAACAAAUGUUCUAAGUAAGAUACUAUUGUAAGGAAUUCAAUGCGUUCUCAUACAUGCGAGGAAUCAGUAUUUAAAAAAAAUAUCUAAGAUAUUUUAGGACGUAUAAUUAAUUACCAGUUCUGUUUAAGAAAAUAUUAAAAAAAGAUCUAGGGUGCUUGUUUAGACUUAUAAUAAACUGGAAUCUUAUAUGAUGUUUGAUGAUAAAGUACAUACUUAUAUACUAUUUUGAGAAGAUAAUCAUUACCUUUGUGGAAAAAGGGAAACAGAGGAAUAAAUACUAUAUACUAAAAUUCAACAUGAGAAAUAUUGACAACCCAACCCUUCGAGUUUUAAAAAUACAACUUAGAUUGAUAAAGGGCGUUCCCUGGUUGUAAAGGCUGAAUAAAUGUAAAAAUGUAAAUCAGCCCAGCAACAAUUUCAAUUUAUUAAAAAUAUUUUACAAAAGCUUAAUGACCUGAAAAUAAUACUCGAAAACUUAUGCUGGAUCGGCUCACACUAUUGAAACAUCCACAAUAAGUUUGAACAACACAUAUGAUUUUGUAUGUUAUCAAUUUAUUUAUCGCUGCAGAAAUUGUUCAAACAACAUUUUUGUGUCCAUUUCCAGAAAAAAGAAAGAAUGUAAUGAGAUUAUUCUAAUUCCACAACAAAUUCUUUAAAAAAAACGAAAAUAUUGCUUUUUAGGUUGUGCUGUAACACCAUAAAAAGGUUCGAAAGAAAUAAAUGACGUUUAAAUAUUAGUAAGAAAUUUCAUAAUAUUUUACCGACUAUCAAAAACUAAGUGCAAGUAUGAUAAAGUGCUUUUGGGACUUUGUCGGCCGUCAUAUUUUAGUUCUUUUGAAAUACCCGAACAUUUCUUGUAGGCUCAAAAAACAUUUUGAUUAAACUCCUUAAAAAAUUAUUUCUAAGAAUUAUGUACAUACGUACAUUCAUACAAAACGGGAGAAAAUAUUUUUUUACACAGUUUGUAAGGUUUUACAUUUAACUUAUUAUUAUUGGCCGCUAAUGUAUUUACAACGAAUAUUUUAAAAAUGCAAUUACAAACGUAAUUUUAUAAAUAAAAAAAACCAACAAUUAUUGCAGGACAGAAAUAUAUAAAAAAAGAUAAAUAAAUUAUAAAUGUAUAUGUCUAUAUAAAUAUAUUUAUUUAUCUAAUUUAAAAGAAAAAAAUACAAAAACAUAGAUUUAACGUAAGCUCCUCAAUACCAUAAAUAAUAAUAUUAACAAUAGUAAAAUAUCCGUAUUGUGUUCGACAGAAAAUAUAAUAUCUUAAAAGUACAUUUCAUAUAUCGACUUAAAUCGGCAUACUCUUUUUACUGAUUAGUAUUCACUUUUAAAAGCCGAGGCCCUUAAAUUUAUAUAAGAAAUAUUUAUGCAAAUAUAAGUAUAUACAUAUAGUAAUGUAUCACUAAAUGGUUAUAUAAUAAAUUUUUCGGAG